CUUACUCUUACUCUCUCUCUCUCUUUUUUUUUCUUUCUUUCCUUCUCGUUCACACACACACACACUCUCUCUCUCUCUUACUCUUACUCUCUCUCUCUCUAUUACAACAACAACAACAAACAAACAACACACGCUUGAUCAUGUGACAAUUCUCUCUCUUCUAUUCGGAAUUCAUCGGAUACAUUACUCACGUAUUCACCCGAUAGUAUUCGGAUAGUAUCGGAUUAUUGUCGUUUUAUUUUCAUUAUACACGUCAUUCAUGUCACAUGCGCGCGCCUCACUUGUUCCCGAUUCUUUCCAGGGCAUAGGAACUAGGUGCACAGGGCGCUUGUUUACGAUCGGGUGUUUACGGUCUCUUACUGGCAUUUCCCGCAUUGCCCGUUUCUUUCCUAUUAUUUUUUAUUUUUUAUUAUUUCACACUUGCUUCUUAUAAAAGGUGACUUGCUUCUCUUCCCCCCUUCUCAUUGACUCGACCUUCCUUUCCCCCCCAUCCAACACACACUUUUACACACACACACGUUUUCUUCACCUCGUUGUUACAACACUCGCUUACACACACACACACAUACAAUCAUGAUUGCCAACGGCCGCACAACCGGUGACGAAAUUCACGACGAAAUUCACGAGGCCCUUCACACGGUCGCCCGUGUCGACUAUGACAAGCCCAUUAUCAGGAACGCUUCCGUUCCCGUCUUGUACGAAGAGGCCCUUGAACACGAGGUUGGAACAGGUCUGACUGCCGCAGGUGCCCUCGUCACAGACUCUGGUGCCAAAAAGGGUCGCUCACCCAAGGACAAGCGUAUCGUUGAGGAAGAGUCGUCAAAGGACAAUGUCUGGUGGGGCCCCGUCAAUGUCAAAAUGUCGGAAAAUGCCUUUAUGGUCAACCGCGAACGCGCCAUUGACUAUUUAAACACGCGCUCCCGUCUCUACGUGUUUGAUGGUUUUGCCGGCUGGGAUCCAAAAUACCGCAUCAAGGUCCGCAUUGUAUGCGCCCGUGCCUACCACGCCCUCUUUAUGAGAAACAUGUUGAUUCGUCCCACUGACGAGGAGCUGGCCAACUUUGGUGAACCCGACUUUACCAUUUUCAACGCUGGUGAAUUCCCUGCCAACCGAUACACGACCGGCAUGACCUCCACCACCAGUAUCUGCUUGAACUUUAAGCGCGCUGAAAUGGUGAUUCUGGGCACACAGUAUGCCGGCGAGAUGAAAAAGGGUAUCUUUACAGUGAUGCACUAUUACAUGCCAAAGGCCGGCGUCUUGUCGCUCCACUCGUCGGCCAACGAGGGCCCCGACGGCGACGUGUCGCUCUUUUUCGGUCUCUCGGGUACCGGCAAGACCACCCUCUCGGCCGACCCCCACCGCUUCCUCAUUGGUGAUGAUGAGCACUGCUGGUCAGACGAUGGCAUUUUCAACAUUGAGGGAGGAUGCUACGCAAAGUGCAUUGACUUGAGCGCCGAAAAGGAACCCGAAAUUUUCAAUGCCAUUCGCUUUGGCUCCGUCUUGGAAAAUGUCGUUUACGACCCCGUGUCGCGCAUUGUCGACUAUUCCGACUCGUCAAAGACGGAAAACACGCGUUGCGCUUACCCCAUCGAGUACAUUCCCAACGCAAAGAUUCCCUGCGUCGGCGGCCACCCCAAAAACAUUAUCCUCCUCACCUGCGACGCCUUUGGUGUCUUGCCCCCCGUGUCCAAGCUCACCCCCGAGCAGGCCAUGUACCACUUUAUCUCUGGCUACACGGCAAAGAUUGCCGGCACGGAAGAAGGUGUCACGGAACCCCAAGCCACCUUUUCCACCUGCUUUGGCGCACCGUUCCUGGUGUGGCACCCCGUAAAGUACGCGACCAUGUUGGCCGAAAAGAUGCAACAGCACAAGGCGGACGCAUGGCUCAUCAACACGGGAUGGAACGGCGGUCCCUACGGCGUCGGCAAGCGUGUUGCCCUAAAGUACUCUCGUGCCAUUAUCGACGCGAUCCACAAUGGCGAAUUGGCCAAGGCUGAAUACGAAAACUAUGCCACCUUUAACCUCCCCAUCCCCAAGGCCGUCACGGGUGUCCCCUCUGAGAUUCUCAACCCCGCAAAGACGUGGAGCGGCACCCAAGAGUCGUAUGCAACGACGCUCAACAAGCUGGCCAACUUGUUUAACGCGAAUUUCAAGACGUAUGCCGACAAGGCGGCUCCCGAAGUGAUUGCUGCCGGUCCCCAGAUAUAAGCCCGUUUUUGUGUGUGUGUGUGAUGCAAGACUUUUAUAUAAUAAUAUAAUAUCCAUAUGAUUUUGAAAAAUAUGAAUUUUGUUAUACACAUGUUUGAC